CACGGCUAAGACGGCGCAUUAUAUCGUGUACGACGAAUCGUGAUCAAAACAGCAAUUGUCUGUUUCUUUUUUAGUGGACAAAAAUCUAGGUGAAACGAAAGGACGGAGGAUGGGUGCCAAAGAAGGGCUGCUGUUAUUUGCACUGUUGUACGUGCAGACGGUUAUCGUGCGCGCAGCGCCGGACUGGCUACCACCGGAGUUAUUAGAAAUGGUGCAAGAUGACAAGGCACGGUGCAUGAGUGAACAUGGUACCAAACAAGAGCAGGUCGAGGAGGUGGACAAAGGAAUCUUGAAAAAUGAGCCGUCAAUCACCUGCUACAUGUAUUGCAUGCUGGAAGCGUUCAGUUUGGUGGACGACGAGGCAGAUUUAGAGAAGGAUAUGAUGAUAGGUUUAUUGCCAGAAAAUAUUCAGGAGAGGGCAGAUGCUGUUGUGAGCAAAUGCGUACCGACAACUGGCGCUGAUAAUUGCGAAAAGAUAUUUAACCUAGCUACCUGUGUCUAUGCCGGUGCACCAGACGUAUGGUUCAUGGUCUAACAGCUUAAAAAAGAUUACUCCACAAAGGGAUGGAACUAUAUUAAAAUAAAAUUAAUUUUGUAAAAACCAUGACGAAGAAUAUAUGACUAACGCAAAAGUGAUUUAGAAGGGAAGAAAAAAUGCAUCGUUGAAACAUUGAAAAUUAAAAAAAAAAGAUACUUAGCAGAAGAAGUUAAGCAAGAAGCGAAGUUAAAUCAGCAAAUAAAACGAGUGUAUAAUUAUUGUUGUUAGAGAAAGAAAUAUAUACGGAGCAAGUGAACGAAUGUAUAAAAAAAGACAAGAAAUUGAAAGAAUAAAAUCGACUGAAUGAGAGAGAGAAAAUAAAAUCGAGGAAAGAAUUCGAUCGAACACGAUGAAUUUAUUUAAAAAUAUAAAAGAGAAACAAUAAUACACGCACACAUAUGUGUGUACAUAAAGAUGUGUUGCGUAACCGUUCAACAGCGUAGAAUUCGCGAAUAACUGAUAUGUACCGUGUAAUUUGCAUGACGAUUUAAUUCGCGAACAUCUUCGAACGCGACGUGAUUGUAUGUUUUCUCGCAACGCCUCCUAUGUAUAUGCUACGGAAAAUGAUACGCAGAAUACGUCGGACAGCCAUUAAAAACUGCUAUCCUCUUUCGAGAUAAUUUUAUAAUGACAUCAUCCGAUACGGUCACCAUUAUUAUGCAAUAUGUAUAUGUAUAUCGUUCGGAAGCGAUCGCGGUUCAACUUCGCCUUUGCAAAUCUGCUAUCUUUGCGAAUCUUCGUGAUUGAAAUGUUUACCGAGUGACAAGAAGAAUUUUAUUUCAAUCAAACAGUUAACGAACAAAAAAAGAGGUUCCUUCGGUGAGAUAAAUUGAAGCUCGAAAUUGGUACGGGACAAUAGCUAUUUUUAUGUAGUUUUAUGUCAUGAAAUCUUAUCAGCGAUUAAGUCAACGAUUAAGUACAAUUUUCUCGCACUAAUUACCACUAACAAAAUGUAUCAUGCGUUAUCGUGCAGAAACAUUACAAUAAAAUGAAAAAUAAAAA